CUGACGUUUAUUUGACAACACAAAUUUUGGAAAUCCUGCAUUGUAUCCGCAAUACUUAUUUGGGAACAAUUCUUAUUAAAUCCAAUAUAAAUAAAAUCUAAACACUUAAUUAUAAGUAUGCUAUAUUAAAUAAGAAGUCUUUAAACUGACUUCUGGUAUUCUUAAUUCAAACAAGUUUUAUGAAGAAAUAAGAAGUAAAGAUGUCGGAUAAGUUGUUGACGCUGGGCCAGCGGGUGAUGGUGGUUGGUAAAGACGUAAAAGGCUCUGUGGCUUACGUAGGAUACCCCACCUUUGCUACUGGAAAAUGGAUUGGUGUUAUAUUGGAUGAACCGAAGGGAAAGAAUAAUGGAACUGUUCGUGGACACGCUUAUUUUACGUGCGAGGAGAACUAUGGAGUGUUUGUCCGGCAAACUCAGAUCCAGUUGUUGGAUGCUGAAGACAACCCGAUGGAGACAUCCAUGACCACCUCCUCUGAGGAGACGAAGACACCAGCUACCAACAGAAGGCUAAGCAGUAUUACAGUGGCGCAGAGGUCUAGGCCUACCACGGUGCGACGGAAGGCGUCGCCGGCGCAGACUAAAGCGGGAACCCUUUCUAUGUCGAGUACGAAGAUCAACAAGUCCAUUCGCAAAUCCGGUGAGUUCAGCUCGGUGCCCGCCCGACUAGAGUCUGUACGGUAUGCGAACGGUUCCAGCUCAAGAACCAGCCUGGCCAGCAGUCGACAGAGUCUGACGUCAUAUGCCUCCCCCACCACCGAGAGGGCUGCCUCCCCGGAGCAGAAGAGGGCUUCUUUUGUUGAGACUGGUUUCGUGGAGACCCUGACUCCUCAGUACACUCCCGGCCAGAGCAUCACGUCUCCUCAGCCAGCGUCCUCCAGCAUGGAGGAUAAGAUCGCCAACAUGCAGGCGCAACAGGAGAUAACAAAUCUAAAAGCAGAAGUAGAAGAUUUGAAAGAGAAGCUAGAGACUAUAAAGGUCCGUCGCGCAGAAGACAGAGAGAAGUUGAGAGAGUUAGAGAGAGUCCGCCUGCAAUUGGACCAGGCCAAUGAGUUUAAGGCCAAAAUCAUGGAGUCCCAGGCUCAGUUGCAGAGGGAUCUGCAGAGGGCUAAGCAGGAGGUCCGCGAAGCUCAAGAAGCAUUAGAGACCCACAAUGAUGAGACAGCUGAGCUGCAAGAAGCAGCAGAAAUGGCAGCCCUUGACAAGGAGAUGGCGGAAGAAAGAGCUGAAGCUCUUCAGAUGGAACUGGAGCAAUGCCGGGAGAAACUGGAGGAAGCUACCCUGGACCUUCAACUGAUGAAGGCAGAAAUGGAGGCUGGAGGGAAUAUACAGCACCCGUACGCAGAAGGGGGCGCCACUGGCUACGAGAUGAGGCAGCUGCAGCAGCAGAAUGUGAGGCUGCGCGACACGCUUGUGAGGCUCAGGGACUUGUCUGCGCAUGAUAAGCAUGAGAUGCAGAAGAUGCACAAGGACUUGGAGCAAUACAAAUCGGAGAUAGCUGAACUAAGCAGGACUAAGGAGAAGCUCUCCCUCCGUGUUGAUGAGCUGGAGGCUCAGGUAGCCGACCUUCGGGAGCAGGUGGACGCGGCCCUGGGGGCUGAGGAGAUGGUGGAACAGCUUGCUGAGAAGAAGAUGGCUUUGGAAGAUCAGGUGGAGCAGCUGAAGCAGGAUGUGUCGGAGCUGGAGGCGCUGCAGGAGGUGCACGAGCAGCUCGUCGAGUCCAACAGGGAGCUCGAGAUGGACCUCCGGGAGGAACUCGAGAUGGCACACGCUAAUACUAGAGAGGCUAUAAGAGAAAGAGAAGCAGCCUUAGAAACCAUCAUGGACCGAGACUCCACCAUCCUGAAGUUCAGAGAGCUGGUGCAGAAGAUGACGGAGCAGUACAACGAGACCAGGGCGCAGCUGGAGUCCAAACAGGGUUCACCAGCGCCAUCAGAACAGGAGUCCACUCCAGAACCAGUAUCCCGGACCUCGCCGCCAAUGGACCUUGGAUCCUUAGUCCACGCGUCCAGGGCGUCCACCAGGUCCAUAGACCUUCAGCUGAGGGCCUUAGACCUGACCCAGGCGAGGGCUAGAGCUGAUAUGCUCGCUGCUUGCCUGCCUGACCACUUUAUGGCGACUUCUGGUGACCACGACGCAAUCCUGCUGAUACUGCUACUGCAAAGAUUGAAUACUAAGGCAGACAUCAUUCUAGGACAAAUUAGAGAGAGGUUCCCACCAGUGAACGUGUGGGACAGGGAAGUGGUGACCAAGACCCACACUGCUGUGCAGUACAGUUUCCGCUGCCAACUCGAGUACCAGCUGCAUAUGAUACAGUGCGUAGUGUGCAUGUGGACGGCGGCGCUGGACAGUUGUACCCCGGAGCUGCUGCUGCGGGCUGCCUCCGCCCUGCCUGACGCCGCGCAACAGGAGAGGGCGUUGGACGCGCUCACGCAGCUAUUGAAGGCCAACGAGCUCGAUGAGAACUGCGCUUUGGAUGGUAUCGAGCGAGUAUGGACGUAUCUAACAGCAAUGUGGGGAGCCCUAGGCCUGGGCGUGGUGACAGACGCCCAAGUAGCGCGGGAGCCCCUGCUGCAUGCCUGCAGUGCGUUGGAUGCACUCGCCAGGGCGCUGCAUGCUGAUGCAUCCGCUCUCACUCAUAUACUGCAGCAAUCGGACCGCCAACAAGAAUUAGGCCUGCUCCACGAGGCAGUCUGCAGCUCCAGCGCCACCCUGCAGCAGCAACUCAAGUCCGUCCGCAGGCGACUGCCGCCCGGAGUGAAGCUGCAUGCCGUGCCACUGGAUCCUCAGUUGGUGGAGCGUCUCCGCGGCGAGUGCGCGGGGUCGCUGUGGCGCUGCGCGCGCGCCACGUGGCUGGCGGCGCGCGCGGCCUGCGCCUGCGCAGCCACGGCCGGCGAGCGGGCCGACGGCGCGCCGCUACCGCAUGCUACACUACUCACGCUAUGGAGCGCCGCCGUCGAUAAGAUAUACCAACAGGACGACCACGGCCCGGUCCGCACUAUAAAGCACUCUCUCGCCGCCGUAGCGACGGACGUGAACAAGUUGGCGACAUUCGCGCAAGACAAGGAGUACGACAUGAUGUCGCUCACCAACGUGCAGUCCGAGAAGCCGACCCCCCCGGUGGUGAUCAGAGCCCAGCUGGUGAAGAAGCAGCUGGAGGAGACCAAGAGCCUCACCAUCAAGCUGGAGAACAAGGAGGCUGACAUCAGGGAGCUCCGGAAGGCUCUCAAGGCGAAACAAGAAGAGCUAUCAGAGAUGACGAUACGCCGCGAGUUGGGCGAGAGGAAGUUGUCCACGGCUGCGAGAGACGCCGAGCUCAGGGCUGAACAGCUGCAGCGCAGGCUCGAGGAUGCUCACAACCAGCUUAAGAGGAAAGAGAAAGAGUUCGAAGAGACAAUGGACCAUUUGCAGCAAGACAUCGACUCGCUAGAGACCGAGCGGGGAGCGCUCAGGGAGAAACUCAAGUUGUACGCCAAGAGGGGGGGCACUCACCACGACUUGGCGUUUUUGACGCUGACGCCGCCGCCAGUCCGAGAAUACUCCACUUUACCAACGCCGGUUGCUGCUCCAAAAGAGACUACCCAGGAGACGCCGGUGAAGGUGACUGCCGGCAUCGCCGCCGGAGAGGUCAAUGAGGCGCUGCAGCAUCAGAUCAAGGUGUUGAGCUGGACAGUGGAACGCGAGCGCGCGGCCCGUGUCUCCGCGUGUCGCAAGGCGGAGCGCGCCGCACUGCGGGCGCUGCGGCCCUUGGAGCACCCGGCGUCGCCCGCCGCCGCCGCCCGCCGGCAGGCCGCCGCGCAACUUGAGAGGGACCUGGCCAAGUUGCAGACCGAAUGGACAAUGUUCGUGGCUCGGUCAGGGCUGGUGAAGUUCCCGUCGGAGCCGGGCCAGUAUGCCCACGCCCUGCAGCUACACAAGGAUAAACAGAGAGAGAUUAGGAGGCAACUCGAGACUCGUCUCGCGUCCCUGCAGGCGGAGGUGCGCCAGCAGUUGCUGCUGCACCGCCCGUGGCGCUGCGUCGAGGCGGACUUCGCUGAGUUCCCGGCGCCUGAGUUGGCUGCGGUGCUAUCGUCGAAGUCGGUAGACGUAGGCACCAUAAAGUACCCGGCGCCCUCUACCGGACAGACUGAGGACACCAUAUUCGUCACUCCUGCGCAGCUCGCCAAAUUACGCGAACUGGUAACCGAACUCCAGUCGGACGAUGUGAAGCUCGAACUCCUACCACUGGACAACACCGUCUGUGCAGCUUAAAGUAAAGAGGGGGAGGGGGUGAAUAGCAUUCAAAGGGUGAAUAGACACAGGAGUGGGGUGAAUAGAUGUUAGAACAUUUUCCCAACAUUUUUUUUUUCUUGAAUGGCAACUGAGUCUCCAAUAUGGUGUUGUCAACUAUACUGCCAAUGCAAUAUUAAUACUACGACACACCGUCAUAUUUUGCAAUUAUUUUCAUUAAGGAAUUUGGAAAGACAAUUAAUCACCUUAUGCGAAAAAUGAGUUAGGAGGGAGUUUUUCCCAACAUUUAUUCACCCCUCUUCUGUAUCUAUUCACCCCUUGAAUUCUAUUCACCCCCUUUUACGGUAGUUUGGAAAAAGCAUAAUGAUAGAGUGAGAUAGCGAUAUGUGUGAGCGAGAUGCAGUUAUACAUUGUUAAUAAGUAGUCUAUGAUUGUUUAUUUUAGUGAAAUAAAGUAUAAAAAGGCAAUGUUUUGGAAAUUAAGUAUUUAUUUUUUUGUUUAUGAGUUGUAGCUGCUAGGGAUUUGAGGUUCGAUUCUUGACAAAUAUAGUAUUAUUUUUUCGUUUUGACAUUUAUUUUCAGGAUUGGCAAUUGAUAGAUUGGAAAAAAUUGUUGUACAUGAUAUUUCGGGUUCGAUUCCUGUUAGGCUAUUCUGUUAUUGUCAAUUCGAAGCUUUGGAAGUGAAUUCGAUCAAUGACGAGCAAGAAUUGUGUUUAUAAUAUACCUAAAUCCUUCUCCUAAGUCUGAAAUAUACUAAACUGAAAUCGGUAUCAAAAUCGCUUCAGCCAAACCCGAGAUAAUCGCGCACAAACAUACAUACUUACAUACAGGUCAAACUGAGAGCCUCCCUUUUUUCAAGUCGGUUAAAAAUGUAUUAGGAGAUGUCAUUUCAAUAAUAUGUGCACCUCUGCCUGCUCCCUCGGGGAAUAUAAGGCAUGAUGUUAUUUUAUAUAUUUGGUUUAUGUAUCUCAGUUAAUCCCGUAAGAGAUUAAUAUCAGAUGAUACUGUUGUAAUAAAUAAAUAAAUUUAGAAUAUGUUAUACGAAUUAUUAUAAUAAACAGGGGGCCUACUCUAAUUCAACGAAAAACGAAGUUUCGUCCGGAACUUCGCAAAUUGCAUACUACAAUUCUGUUUAUUGCGAACUACUAACUAUGUGAACAAAAAUGAACGGAUGAAAUGAAAUUUAUCUAUUAAUACGUGAUGCAAAAACUUUGGACCCCUUUUUACGAAAAUUGCGCGGACGUAGGAGCAUAAAAUUUGGUACACUUAUAGUUUAUGUGUAGGAGAAGUCCAGAACGCUAAUAUUUUUCAAAAAUAAUGCUUAUAAAGUACAUUAAAUCAAUAAAUAAAACAUUACACACACUACCAUGCAUAAUAUCUGAUCGUAUUUGACAAAACGUCAAAAUCAUAUGAAUAGUGUUUUCCUGUUCAUGAUGCGCCGGAAUAUAUUAAUUUGAAUUUUACAAAACUAAUAGCAAUUCGUUAAAUAAAAAUUAUCCUUGAACGUAUGUUAAGUGGUAUUGUAAAUUAAAUCGUAUAUAGUCGAAUUUCGACCACUAGGCGACCACUAGUUAAAAAUAAAACGUUAAUUCUAUUAGUAAAUCAAUAAAACCUACGGCCGAAGAUUAAACGAAACUUCGGAUUCGAGAACCGGAGUAGGCCCCGCAGCUUCGAGUGAAUUAAGGAAUUUGUAACUUCAUUUUCUAAUAGUAAAAGUAACCUAAUUUACUUCUUCCCAUCAAAAUCGGUCUAGCUAUUUUUGAGAUAAAUCUGAACAAACAGACAGAAAAAAAAAAAUUAAAGAAACUGCCAAACAAGACGUCUCGGGUUCGAUUCCCGGGUCGGGUAAUGUAUUACUGGGCUUCUUUCAGUUUUUCGAAAAAUUUUCAGUUAUAGCACGGAGUCUGGAAUUGUGUCCAGUAUAUGGCAAUAGACUCACCCCCUAUUACAUGGGACUUAUAACACAAAUGGUUGAAAGUGGGUGUACAUUGUAUAGCGGCAUUACGUGCCGUAUUACGUGCCGUGUGCACCUCUGCCUACCCCUUCGGGGAUAAAAGGCGUGACGUUGUUGUCUUCAUCCCUAUUCUAUUUACUAUGUUAGCUAGUUUGCUGCUUAUACUAAUAUUGUUGCAUGCUUGUAUAUGUAUAUAAGGAAUAUGUUCACGUACUUAUUGAGUAAAUAUUAAUUAUUAUAAAUUAAUAAAUAAAAAUAUCAUUAUUUAUUGAA